AUGGCCUACAACCAGUACCACGACCCGCGCGCGUCGGUCGACUACGCCGAGCACCUCCACGACGCCGGCGGUGACCCCUUCUCGUCGGGCCAGUACGCCGCAGGCCCGUACUCGGGCCUCCCGCUCGACGGCGGCGACCCCGAGAUGGUGCAGCGCGACCGGCCCCUGUCCGACCUCGGCUCGAGCGAGGCCGGCGGCGCAUCGGCCUACUGGCAGCCGGGCGCGCGCGGCUCGGUUGCGGGCGGCGCGGGCGGCGCGGGAGGGUACCUCGCCGGCGACGACUGGGUCGACGACACCGAGGGGCAGGACUCGUGGUGGAGGCGGCACCGGUGGGCGGCCAUCGCGGGCAUCCUCGCGCUCCUCGCCGCGCUCGCCAUCGGCCUCGGCGUAGGGCUCGGCGUCGGGCUCAACAAGUCGAAGAACAACCGCGACUCGGCCCAGCUGAGCGAUGGAAGGACGUCGUCGGGUGCGCCCCAGGGCAGCAGCGUCAGCGUCGGCACAGUCGUGUUUACGAGCACGAGCUUUGGGAGCGGCGGCAGCGGCGAGCCGCAGACGAUCACGAGCACGUCCGAGGCGACGUCGGCCGUGCCGGACCCGACCCCGUCGUCGAGCUCUGAAGAGGACACGGCUCAGUCCUCCUCCUCUUCGUCCACCUCCCCGCCCUCGUCCUCGUCCUCGCCGAGCAGCACGACGACGACCGAGCCGCCCACCUCGAGCACGACGCCGCCGCCUUCCUCGUCGUCCACCUCGAGCGCACCCGAGAGCAGCAGCACCCCGAGCAGCAGCUCGUCGUCUCAGCUGUCCGAGGCGCCUUCCUCUUCGACCUCGAGCGAGAGCUCGUCGACCACGCCCGCUCCGUCGAGUUCGAGCUCGGCACCCGCAUCUUCGACCACGACGCCUCCCGCCGAGUCGUCCUCGUCCUCGUCGCCGACCACCUCGCCCGCCGGCGCCGGCGCCUCGCCCGCCCAAUCGACCGACGACCAGGGUGGCACGUACCAGUUCACGACGCGCCCCAUCGUCAACCCGGGCGGCUUCACGAUCGGGACCUUGACGGGCUAUGUCACCAUCUCGGCGUGAGCCGGCGAGCCCCCCGCCUCCUUCCCCCUCCUUCCACCCUCUCUUCUCCUCUCCUCGCCCGCCUCGCGUGCUCAACAGACACUUCCCCUUCUCGCCCCUGCGUCCUGUCGCUCCUUCGCCUUUCCCCUCCCACACAUUUGUCACUCGCUCUGUAACCACUACCUUCUCUCUCUACUCGUCGAGCUGUAUAGAUCUGAAACUCGAGCCGACCUUGCUGUCG